AUGAAAGAAGCUGAUUCAAAUGUUAAGAGUAGGGUUAAUAUAGCUACCAGCAACAUGAGGUAUGUUGUUGAUUGGACCAAACAUGUCACAGAAACUGAUGGGGCAACAAUAGAGCAUGAGAUUGAUGCAUAUCUGAAAGAUCCUUUGUUAGCCAUUAAGGAUCAGAAAGGUGAUGACCUUGCUGCUGAGGAUGUGAUAGAGAGAUACAAAUCCUUUGAUAUAUUGCAAUGGUGGAAAAAUGCAGCCUCCCGAUAUCCAAUUCUCUCUGCACUUGCUAAAGAUAUUUUUGCUAUUCAAGUAUCAACUGUGGCUUCUGAGAGUGCUUUUAGCACAGAAGGGAGAGUCAUUGAUUCAUUUAGGAGUUCAUUAACUCAUAAAUCUGUGGAGGCCUUGAUUUGCAUGCAAAAUUGGCUUAGAGGAGAUGACAUAGUCAUGGACUUUGAGAAUGAACCUUCAGCUCAAGAGUUAGAAUUCUAUGAAAAUAUUGAGACAGAGCUAUACAAUGUAAAAAUGAUUGUUGGGGAUAAAGUGGUUGAUGUGGAAAGUUUAGAAGAUGAAGAUGCUGGUUAUGAUGACUGGAAUUAG